AUGGAUGAAUAAAGGCAAAACAAAAUCAUAUUAAAAAUUUUAGUAAAAUAAGCUUUGAUACAGUAAUAUUUAAUUAACAUCAAUGUGUGUUGUCUUUUGAAUGAUUACUUUUACACCAUUGCUUUAAAUGGUUUAGCAAUAAUUUUCAUAGCUUUUGUUUAUCAUAUAGUACCUUUGAAGAGUAGUAAGAUAAAAUACAUAUUGGAAUAUUCGUUGUUGGCUGGUGUCCAAGUAAAAAUAUAGGAGAUAAUAGGUUCUUGCUAUUUUCAUGAAGGAUUUACUAAUAUAUUUGGCAAGUUCAUUGUUAGGCCUAUCUAUACUUUCAGUGCUUUUUAAGAUUUGCAGAACUUAGUUGAACGUUGA